UUUACAUACACAGAAAUACAUUGUGAAUGACAAAAUAAAUUUAAUUCUAAGACAUGAGCAAAAGAGAAGGUGAAGGGGGUGCCCGGAAAAGGAAAACAGAUUUCACAGAAGUUCAGAAAUCUGACGACCAUGACAAUGGUGCCCAGAUUUCUUCCCCUGUUAUAUCUGCAUUCAAAGUAUUUCAGCAGGAGCUUGACACCAAACAUGACAAAUAUGAACGACUGGUCAAGAUCAGUCGAGACAUAACAAUUGAGAGCAAAAGGACUAUUUUUCUGCUGCACAGAGUGACUAGUGUACCUAAUGCGGAGGAAGUGUUGCAUGAAGCGGACGUGAAGCUGGAUGGUGUGAGACAGAAGAUUGGGCUGAUAGCAGAGGAGCUGAGAGGGGAGGACCUGUAUCAGUUCCAUAGAGCGUUCACACCUGGGAUUCAGGAGUAUGUUGAGGCAGUGUCCUUCCAUCAUUUUAUCAGACAUCGUACUCUCAUCAGUCUGGAGGAGGUCAAUGCUCGGCUGGUGUUCAUGAGACACGAGAGGACAGACGCAAAGGGUUCAUCUGAAGGUUCAAGGUCAAGUCCAGCCGUCCUAACUUUUCAGGUCACGCCCACUGACUACCUGCUGGGUGUGGCUGACUUGACGGGCGAGCUUAUGCGUAUGUGCAUCAGCAGCGUCGGCAAUGGGGACAUGGACACACCCUUCAAACUCAGCGACUUUCUGCGCGAGAUUCAUGAUGGUUUUUCAUACAUCGGCAACACGGGACCCUACGAGGUCUCCAAGAAGCUCCACACCCUCCGUCAGAGCCUGGGCAAGGUGGAGGACGCCUGUUACACCCUGCGUGUUCGCGGCUCAGAGAUCCCCAAACACAUGCUGGCCGACGUUCUCUCCAGCAGGACGGCGAUCAUGGACCCGGAUGAAGGCGUGGUUUAGAUCAGUAUUUAUCUGUAAGGGCCAACAGUUGUCAGGACCCGGUGGACUACGCAUUUUUGUUCUGGUCCUCCACUGGAAGUAAAUGAAAUAUUCAGAUAAUAAUAGGUUGAUAAUUAGCUGAACCAAGCUGAAUCAGUGUGUCAGUGCAGGUUUAGGAGCUGUUAGAUCUUAAGGAAAAUAUUGAGAAACGUUGAUUUAGAUGUUAUGAGCCCAGUCUGUCCCAGUUCUAGUCCAGAGGUUCAGAAAUCACAGGGUUAGAUCGUCCUGCCCUCCUGUGCAUGCUGCUUGUAGCACAACAUGUUUCUCUACAAGUUCAUGUGGUGCAUGUGUUUGUGUUUUUUUUGUUUUGUUUUUUUUUACAGCUCAUUUAAUGUUGUGACAAAUUGUUUACUUAUUGUGGCAUUUUGUGACUCUUGGCUUGUUUCACAGUUGGUCCUGUUGGGUUCUGUUCUGUACGACUAGCAAAGGUUUGAUUACUGAAAACAUUUUGGCCUUUCACUAUUUAGAUUCUUAUUCUACCCAUAAGCCAGUAAAAUGUUCAUUUGAAUUGAAAGCAGCAUGAA